ACUCGUAUAUAUAUAUAUAUAUAAACUUCGGCCUUCCAUCGGGAACGAAAUAACGCCGGCCGGGAAAUUCUUCUCCGGUAAAUCUCUGGAGUUCGUCGGCAAAAAGCAAGAGGAGUCGUUUUUUUCGUUGAUCUGUUUGGGUUUCGAGGUUUGAUCGAGAGGAGGAACAGAGAGAAUAGUGCACCGAUCAAUGGUGUUGCCUGGGGAGAAAGACUUCAUGGAGACGGGACCUGAGCGAUCGAAGAAUCUCCACAAUUUCACCCUCCCGAACUUGAAGUGGGGGAGUCAGCGUCAUCUCAGGUGCAUGAAGGUUGAUCUGGCGAGAGGCGGCGGAGGCGGUGUCUCUGGCGCCGGUGAUCACCGACUCCGGCGCCGAUCGUCUCAUUUGAAAUUCGAAACCUUGACGGAGGCGAUCCCGGUUCAAUUCGGUUAUGCUGACGAACGGAGCAACAACCAGCACCGGCGAUUGAGGACGGCGCCGUCGAGAUCGGCGGGGAACGGCAGCGAGGAAGGGAUCGAGGAGUUCAGGGAGAAGAUCAUGUCGGAUCUAAGGACGGUGGCGGACAAGAUAACGGAAUCGAUUUUUAGGAAACAAGCUUUAGGGGACGAAGAGCAGACCGAUGGUGGGAGGCAAGAGAAGGAGAGACGGAGAGAUAAACAAGAGGAGAAGGAGAAGGAAACGCAGAAGGAUAGGGAGGUCUCUCCGGUGAUGGCGGCGGCGGCGGCGGCUGAGGCGAGGCCGUGGAACCUAAGGACGAGGAGGGCAGCCUGCAAGGCCCCGAUUCCCGGAGCCGGUAACAGCAACGGGAACCAGUACAACGGCUUCAAUCACAACAACAACAACAAGGGGUUGAAGAUUGAGGAGAGAAGAGUGGAUUCGUCGUCAUUGAGGAAUGAUUCGGAGAAGUCGCCGAGGGUGAGGGAGAGAGGCGGAGUAACCGUGGCCAUGGCGGGAGUCGGGACGAAGGAGCGGCCGAAGUUCUCUUCGCGCCUGUCGCGGAAGGAGAUCGAAGAGGAUUUCAUGGAGCUUCUGGGUCACCGACCGCCGCGCCGUCCCAAGAAGCGUCCCAAAACCGUUCAGAGACAAUUGGAUUUCUUGUUUCCCGGCUUGUAUUUGACAGAGGUUACGCUUGACACCUACAAGAUUCCGGAGUCGGUAGAGAAUGGAAAGAGAUGACGAUGAUGAUGGGGUCGUACAGUUCCUUAACCAGACACACAAUGGAUGCUUAAAACUGGAAAUCAGGUGGAAAAAGCGUUGAAGGUCGUGGUGAAAUCUUGUUCAAGUUUCGUAUGCUUUUGAACUGCUAAUUUUUGUUUCUUAAUUAUUCUUUUCUCAGUUGUUGUCUUCCCCAAAUGGCUGAACUGAAUAAACCUGUACAAAGUUAUGGGACACAGUAGGUCUUGUUUCAUUGUUCUGCUUCGUUUUCAGGAACUCGGGUUUACAUUCGUAAAGUUCA